CUCCCCUCCCAGUCUGUGUUGGACGGGGGCGCUGAGGCGGUGGCCGGGCCCAGUCUGAGGAAGUGGGUGGGGCAUGGGCUAACGCCGGCCAAUAAAAGAGAAGGAAGCUACGAUUGGCGGCGAUGAACACUAAUGAGAGAUCGUCCUUACCUUGCGGAGUGCCGCCCCUCUUCUCUCCCUCCUACCGCCUCCUUCCUUUGGGGGGGAAGGCGGGGCCAGAGGCCUGAAGUGUGGGGAGAACUUGGGCUCCGCUCUGCUAUAUGAAAUAUGGGAGACGACAGACCGUUUGUGUGCAAUGCCCCGGGCUGUGGACAGAGAUUUACAAACGAGGACCACCUGGCAGUUCAUAAACACAAGCAUGAGAUGACAUUGAAAUUUGGCCCAGCCCGAACUGAUUCAGUCAUCAUUGCAGAUCAAACUCCUACUCCGACUAGAUUCCUGAAGAAUUGUGAGGAGGUGGGGCUCUUCAAUGAAUUAGCUAGCUCCUUUGAACAUGAAUUCAAGAAAGCUGCAGAUGAGGAUGAAAAAAAGGCUGCUGCUGGGCCCCUUGACAUGUCUUUGCCUUCCACACCAGACAUCAAAAUCAAAGAAGAAGAGCCAGUGGAGGUAGACUCGUCCCCAGCUGAUAGCCCUGCUUCCAGUCCCUGUUCCCCGCCACUCAAGGAAAAGGAGGUGGCCCCAAAGCCUGUUGUGAUCUCUACCCCCACACCUACCAUCGUGCGCCCUGGCUCCCUGCCUCUCCAUUUGGGCUAUGAUCCACUUCACCCAACCCUUCCCUCCCCAACUUCUGUCAUCACACAGGCUCCACCAUCCAACAGGCAACUGGGAUCUCCCACUGGCUCCCUCCCUCUCGUCAUGCAUCUUGCUAAUGGACAGACCAUGCCUGUGCUGCCAGGGCCUCCGGUACAGAUGCCUUCUGUCAUAUCGCUGGCCAGACCUGUGUCUAUGGUGCCCAACAUUCCUGGUAUCCCUGGCCCACCAGUUAACAGCAGUGGUUCCAUUUCUCCCUCUGGCCACCCUAUGCCAUCAGAAGCCAAAAUGAGACUAAAAGCCACCCUAACCCACCAAGUGUCCUCAAUCAAUGGUGGAUGUGGAAUGGUGGUAGGUACUGCCAGCACCAUGGUGACGGCCCGUCCUGAGCAAAGCCAGAUCCUCAUCCAACACCCUGAUGCCCCGUCCCCUGCCCAGCCACAGGUCUCACCAGCCCAGCCCACUCCUAGCACCGGAGGGCGUCGGCGACGCACCGUGGAUGAAGAUCCUGAUGAGCGGCGGCAGCGUUUUCUGGAACGCAACCGGGCUGCAGCCUCCCGCUGCCGUCAAAAACGGAAGCUCUGGGUGUCCUCCCUAGAGAAGAAGGCAGAGGAACUCACUUCUCAGAACAUUCAGCUGAGUAAUGAAGUCACGUUACUACGCAAUGAGGUGGCUCAGUUGAAACAGCUACUGUUAGCUCAUAAAGACUGCCCAGUCACUGCACUACAGAAAAAGACCCAAGGCUAUUUAGAAAGCCCCAAGGAAAGCUCAGAGCCCACGGGUUCUCCAGCCCCUGUGAUUCAACACAGCUCAGCAACAGCCCCCAGCAAUGGCCUCAGUGUUCGCUCUGCAGCUGAAGCUGUGGCCACCUCGGUUCUCACUCAGAUGGCCAGCCAAAGGACAGAACUGAGCAUGCCGAUACAGUCGCAUGUGAUCAUGACCCCACAGUCCCAGUCUGCGGGCAGAUGAUGCCUCCCCUGGUGGAGAGGUCCCUAGCCAGAGCUCGCCCACCCGAGAGCCAAGAGAGAUGUCAUCUUAUCCCCUCCAUCUGCCUUGGACGUGGCGGUAUGAGGGAAAGAUUGUGUGUUGUGAGUAACGGACAGAUGUGGGGCUUUUCUCUUCAGCCACAUGGUCGUGUACAUUGACACCUGUACUAGGAGCCUCCCAGCCCCAGAGCCACAUAGAUCAUCCCCUAAGGGGGCAGUUUCUGAUGUACCUACAGCCAAAGGCCUUUCCAGAUGGUCCGAACAAUCACCCCAGCCUGUGCAUGUGUACCUGUCUCUUAACACUAACCCUUGGCACUUCUAGGUUUUGGGUUUCUCAGUUGCCUCUCUUCCCAUGAAGCCAUGGCUUCCUGUUCCUUAGCAGCAUGCCACCUCCUGCUAGGUAGAGGGAGGCUAGUGUUGAUGGCAGGUCACCCGCUGGCCCGCCUCAGCUACCCCAUAGGCUCAGGACUUUGUCUCCCAUUAGCUGCUUAUUUUAUCCCCUUUUCCCCUUCCUGAAGUCUAGUUAAAACAUUCACUUAUGGUGAAUGUAGUUACCUUUGAUACAUGAAUUAGCAGUAUUUUCCAGCUCUUCCAUAAACUUUAGUCCUUCUCCCUACCUGCCACCAAAAAAAAAAACAACAAAAACAAAAAAACACUCAAAAACAAAAACAAAGCAAAAAGAAACAAACCCCAAGAAUUCUAAUCCUUUUUCAACUAUUUCUAGAGCUAUUUGGGUACCUCAUUUUUUGUGUCUUGAGUUUUCCCGGUCUCCUGGUGGGGCCUUUUCCACCUCCCACUAAGCCUUGGCAAGAUCAUCUUGUGUGGCCUUAUUAGCUCUUGCUUGUUAGUGAAAAGGGAAAGUGCCCCGAGUGUGACUAGCUGAUUCCCUGCCUCCCCAGUCCACCCUCCUGCAGUUAUCAUUAGGGCAGGCAGGAACAGUAUAGUUUUAAAGUUCAUUCUAUCAGGUUACUAAAUUGAGUCUUUAUGUUUUACAAGAGUUUACUGGCCAAAGCACACAUAUUCCAUUUGGUCGUCUGUCCGCUCCUGUAUCUCCCUCUUUGUCCCCGUCUGUGUCCUGCCUCUGUCUCGCUUCUUCCGAUGCAGCCUCCUGGAACUAGAUGCCCCCUAGAUGCAAUGCAUCCCCAAAGGCCCAGCCCCAGGACUCUGAGACAUCAGAGCCAGGGUCCUGAGUGGGUUUUCUCGAGGGUCAGGUAACAUGGGGAGAGGCAAGAGAGAGAAGGUGCAGUACUGAUCUCAGCAGAACAGCCCUGCUUGGGGAAGGUCUGGCCUGCCCGGGGAAAUUGGUGACUAUUGCUCUCAGCCAUUCUUACUUUGAGGCGUUAGGUUGCAGGGGGAGAAAUUCAUCCCUCUUGUCCCUCUUUCUUCCCCAUUAAGACUUCUGAUCUUCCUUUGGCUCUGAACUAUGCAAUUUCUACCAGGGCCACAGGAAGUGAUCCAAAGCCAGAGGCCUGUGGAUAGAUAGGUCAGCUUUAAUAGCCUGUCAGUAUGAAUCCCUUCCAAUUGUCCCAGAGCCACCUUCUGCCAUCUGCCCAAGCCAAGAAUGCCCUUUUCUCCCUCUCUCCUACCUCCAUCUUAAACAUACGUGCAAAAUAACUGCCAGCUUCCUUCCUUAGUUUGUUUCCCAGAAUUGGCUGUCAUGGGGGAAUGAGGAAAUCCAAGCUACGAGAUUCCCGUCUUCCCAGAGUGCUGUACUGGUGAGCCAGUCAGGUGACUUGUUCUGCUGCGUUUGUUUUUCCUUUCCCCUCUUGCUUUUCAGAACCAGUGCUGAACACGACACACCUGGUAAAGAGAAGGAAGAGAAAACACAGUUUUCUCAUCCUCUACCACCCGGGACCCAACAGGAACAGCCCCCGAGGUGACUCAGACUAGCAAAUGGCCUGGCAGAUGGUCGGGAUACAAGUCCCCACCUCCAGGGACUGCACUUGCCUUCCACAGUUCACAGCCGUAACUUGUACUCAGGACUUUUCCUUUUGAUGGCUGCUCCCUGGGACUUUCUUCUGCUUUAGUUGUGUUUCAUUUUUUAUCAUCUUGAUUUCCCACCAGCAGCCUUGCCCUAAAGCUUGAGUGAGUUUAUGGCUCCUAAGGAGCCUUCACAAGACCCUGGACUAUUUUUCUUCCCCCUUCAUUCUAGUGUUUUUCAAGUUAAGAAUCCGUUUGUCACUGCAUACGUGCCCUGCCUCACUGUUUGGCUGUGGAGGAAGUUUGAGUCGUACCCGUCUGUCCCCAUGUAGGACAGCUAGUUUAUUUAGAGGGUCUCUUAGUCCCCAUGUCUCCUUCCCUCGAGCCCUUACCUCAUUGUCAUCGGUGGGAAGUUCUUAUUGGGGCCUAAAUGAGGGGAUUGCCAGAACCUUACUGGUGAAGCAGUAGGAAGGGACAGGACAGAACCCUCCAGAUAGCUCUUUAGCUGGUCCUUGGCCUCACUGAGAAAGCAGGGCAGUUGGUUAUCCUGAGACUCUCUCAUAGUUAAGGGGAAUGUCACUGAUACUCACUUGUUAUUGCUGCCAGCCGUGUGGCCACUCUCCCUUGGCCUUUGCUUUCCAGACUCAUCUGGACCAGAACCAAGCGUCAUGGAGGGCGUCACUUCUCCCUUCUUAAUGACCGUGGCCUUUCUAGGGGCCCAAGGGAGGAUACUUUGUGAGAGGAGCUGAGAGUGUGGAUGCCUUGGGACUCUAAGCAAACACAAGAUUCAGGCCUCCCACCUCAUUCCGGAGACACAGCUGAUAGAUAACCAAGGCCAUAGAGAAAGGUACCAGACCAGGUCUUCAGGUCUGCAGACUUUUGCCCUAUUCCUUUAAAAGAAGGCUUGCUCAGAGUUGCAAAGCCUGAGAAAACUUCCCUCACUGCUGGAGAGGGAAAAAGUAGGCCCUCCUUUACUUGCUCUUCCCCUGUUGGUUGUACACCCCAAAUCUGGCUUCCUUCAAGCCUCCACUCCUCUCCAUGGUCCUAAGCACUAGACCCUCUACUCUUGGUAGUGGUAAAUAGGAGACGACCUAACCUCACUCACCUUGCUGCCUUCCCUACGCCUGUUCUGCCAUUCUUAACUCUUUUCCUGAUUCACUGCCCUCCAGCACUACCCAUCCUGGUUGACGGGGUACUUAACCAUAACCAUGCCCUGUCUACAGCCUGAACCACCAAGCAGACACCAAAAUACUCCUCCUCUGGUUUCUAAGGCUCCCCUGCUCUACACUGAGAGGCUCCUUUAAAGGUGCUAGCCCUGCGACAGCCCCCUUCCCCUGAGAGUCCCCCCUUUCUUUCAUGACUUCCUUGCCAUCCCCAAAUCAUUAUUUUUCAUUAAUAUUGUACAUUGUAUACACAGGAAGGAAAUGUAUUCUUUUUUUUUUUUUAAUUUCAUAACCAGUCCGUUUAGAAUCCAGUCCUUCUAGUUAUAUCACAUAUGCCUUUGUUGAUAAUGCUCUUUCCGCUUUCUUUAGACUUUUGUUUGACAGGGGUGGAGGGGGGAAUGGGACAGGUGAGGACCCCAAGGCAGAUUAGAGGAUUCCCCAUCCUGCUUCAGCCCCCCACAACUUUAAUCAUCCCCCUCACUGUAUAAACCUGAUUUCUCUCUGUGUUCGCAUACAUGCAUGUACACACAGACAUAAAUCCCCACCCACUCACCUCAGAGUGGUGACCCAGCAGGAAUGAGCGUUAAGUGGCUACUGGCCACUAUUCCCACCCCAUUACCAGUUCAUCUGUCUCUCCUUGGGGUAAAGUCCUACCCCCAGAAUGAGAAAAGGCUGGGGAGAAUAAGGCAGGCUAAGGCAGCUGUGUCCUUUGUAGAUGCAGGUUUGUAUUGCAGCUGCUAGGGUUUAUUUUAUUUUUUUAAUGGGGGGCUGGUAGCACAGAGCUAUCAUCAACAUUAGCUACUGGUGGGUGAUGUUUUAGCUGUAAGAAAUGGCUAUGAGCACUAGUUUCAUUGACCUUCCCUUAGGGCGGUGGUUCUCAGGAUGUGGUCCAGGCUCAGUAGCAGCAGCAGCACCAGUAUCUGGGAGCUUGUUAGAAAUGCACAUUCGGGCCCCACCACAGACCUAUUGAAUGGGAAACUGAACUGGGCUGGGCUCUAACAAGCACUCCACGUGAUUCUAACGCACACUAAAGUGUGAGAACCAUUGCCUUAGGGGCAAGCUGGAAAAUCCUUGUAGGGUGUCAGGGAUAUUUUAAGUACCAUCCUCUGCCUUAGCACUAACACAUAUUUCCACUUCCUCCAGUACCUCCCUCCACCCCCAUUAAAACAACAACCACGUCAUUCAUCUCAAAAUCUAGGUUUGAGUUCCUUCUACUUCUUCCUAAAACCUGUCCUGCCUUGGUCUGGACAGGAAUUGUCGCAUAUUCCCUUGCAAACUGGUCACUCCACAGUCUUUGUUACGGGAAGGAUGGGCUGGAGCUCUAGCUGUCCUGUAACACACACACACACACACACACACACACACACCCCUUUCCAGCAGGGAGAUGAGCCUCCAGCCCCAACCGUGGAGGCUGUAGCCUCCUGACAUAGUGUCUGUUGAAAGAAAGUGGUGUGUAUCUAUGGUUAUAUCUCUGUUCAUCUGUGUACCUUUGACACGUAGCAGCCCCUCUCCGUCCCGUCAAGGAGCUCGACUCUGGGUCUGGGUCUCCCCAGUCCCCAGUGGCGGACUUUGACAGGUGGGAGGAUGCAGUGCUACGGGCUGUUCUGUUACAAAACCGUCUUCUCCCUUUCCCUGCCACCCGACUCGGCAUGAUCCCUGUGAGCAGGCUCUCACGAUCUCCCAGGACGGGGCUGAGACAGAGGCUUCGCUCUGUUCUCCCUAACCGUGCCUUCUUCCAUCCCCCGCCCCUUACCACCCAGCAGUUCUCCCCCCAGCCAUGCCUUCUCCUGCUCCCCCUUGCCCUGACAUAUAUUGUGCCUUAUUUAUGCUGCAAAUAUAACAUUAAACUAUCGAAGAGAA